GACCUCAGUAUUCCAGCUCACCAGACACACUAUUCCAGCUCCUACUGAACGCUCUCUCUCUCUCUCUGGAACCCGACACAGCACUCAAGAACCUUCUGGGCAAGUAAUGAGUUGCAUUCUUUGCGAACUUUGCAGCAGCAACUAGGUUUGAAUAAUUAGAUACCCCCUUCUCUGAAUGAUAAUCUGAUUUUGGGGAGGAUUGCCGGCUAUUAUAGGAACAAGUUUGAGCGUUCCGAGAGUCACGUAUAUUAGUCUAGUUGUGGUAUUUGUUUGAUUUGUUGAAGAUGAGCACCGGUUUUCUAUCUGCCCUUUUUGCAGUUCUGCUGAUCUCAGUUGAGGCACAGCGAUGUCGCUAUUCCGCUGAUAAACUGCCCAGUAAAAUAGUGAAGUACAACAAGUGCCUCUCUAUUGGGUACGAGCCGUCAAUCGAGGGAUGCGUGAAGCAAGAAACGGACAAGAAACUGAGGAGGAAUGACAAAAAGAAGUGUGCAGAGAUGGAGAAGUAUCUGAUGAAGUGUGGGCACACCUGCGAUACUGAUGGAGGGUACAGCGACUUUGGGGAGUGGUCGGAGUGUGAUGCUGAGUGUGACGGAGGUACUCAAGCCAGGACCAGACAAUGUGAUAAUCCUGCACCUGUUGGGAAUGGUGCUGAGUGUCAGGGAGAUAGUUCGGAGAGUCGCGAAUGCAACUUAAACCCUUGUCCAGUGGAUGGAGGGUACAGUGAUUUCGGAGACUGGUCUGAAUGCUCUGCUGAAUGUGAUGGAGGAAUGCAAUCCAGAACUAGGGAAUGUAAUAACCCUGCUCCUCAGCAUGGUGGUGAAGACUGUGAAGGAGAGGAAUCUGAAAGUCAAGAGUGCAACGAACACGACUGUUUAGAGUGCGAAGAUCCCAAUUCCUUCUACAACCAAUGUGGCUCAAGUUGUAAUCAGACUUGUGACGAAUCCUGCGAGGAACCAAUAGUUGUUCACGACAGUCAAUUCGUAUCCGUUAACUUCGAGGGUGAAGAAGAAGAAUGUGUUAAACGGUGUGAAUGUGAUGAUGGAUACGUUCUCCACGAAGGAGAAUGUAUUGAAGAAGCCGUCUGUCCAGUGGAUGGAGGAUACAGUGACUUUGGAGAUUGGUCGGAGUGCUCUGCUGAAUGUGAUGGAGGAAAUCGAACAAGGACCAGACAGUGCAACAACCCUGCUCCCGCUCAUGGUGGUGCAGAGUGUGAAGGAGAGGAAUCUGAAAUAGAAAUUUGCAACGCCCACAACUGUUUAGAGUGUGAAGAUCCAAAUUCCUUCUACAACCAAUGUGGUUCAAGCUGUAAUCAGACCUGUGACGAAUCCUGCGAGGAACCAAUAGUUGUUCACGACAAUCAAUUCGUAUCUUUCAACUUCGGGGGUGAAGAAGAAGAAUGUGUUAAACGGUGUGAAUGUGAUGAUGGAUACGUUCUCCACGAAGGAGAAUGUAUUGAAGAAGCCGUCUGUCCAGUGGAUGGAGGAUACAGUGACUUUGGAGAUUGGUCGGAGUGCUCUGCUGAGUGUGAUGGAGGAAAUAGAACAAGGACCAGACAGUGCAACAACCCUGCUCCCGCUCAUGGCGGUGCAGAGUGCGAAGGAGAGGAUUCUGAAAUAGAAAUUUGCAACGCCCAGGACUGUUUAGAGUGUGAAGAUCCAAAUUCCUUCUACAACCAAUGUGGUUCAAGUUGUAAUCAGACUUGUGACAAAUCCUGCGAGGAACCAAUAGUUGUUCACGACAGUCAAUUCGUAUCUUUCAACUUCGGGGGUGAAGAAGAGGAAUGUGUUAAACGGUGUGAAUGUGAUGAUGGAUACGUUCUCCAUGAAGGAGAAUGUAUUGAAGAAGCCUUCUGUCCAGUGGAUGGAGGAUACAGUGACUUUGGAGAUUGGUCCGAGUGCUCUGCUGAGUGUGAUGGAGGAAAUAGAACAAGGACCAGACAGUGCAACAACCCUGCUCCCGCUCAUGGUGGUGCAGAGUGUGAAGGAGAGGAAUCUGAAAUUGAAAUUUGCAACGCCCACGACUGUUUAGAGUGUGAAGACCCAAAUUCCUUCUACAACCAAUGUGGUUCAAGCUGUAAUCAGACUUGUGACGAAUCCUGCGAGGAACCAAUAGUUGUUCACGACAGUCAAUUCGUAUCUUUCAACUUCGGGGGUGAAGAAGAAGAAUGUGUUAAACGAUGUGAAUGUGAUGAUGGAUACGUUCUCCACGAAGGAGAAUGUAUUGAAGAAGCCUUCUGCCCAGUUCACGGAGGGUACAGUGAUUUCGAAGAUUGGUCCGAAUGCUCUGCUGAAUGUGACGGAGGAAUGCAAUCCAGAACUAGGGAAUGUAAUAACCCUGCUCCUCAGCAUGGUGGUGAAGACUGUGAAGGAGAGGAAUCUGAAUCUAGAGAAUGUAACACAGACCCUUGCCCAGUUCACGGAGGGUACAGUGAUUUCGGAGACUGGUCCGAAUGCUCUGCUGAAUGUGACGGAGGAAUGCAAUCCAGAACUAGGGAAUGUAAUAACCCUGCUCCUCAGCAUGGUGGUGAAGACUGUGAAGGAGAGGAAUCUGAAUCUAGAGAAUGUAACACAGACCCUUGCCCAGUUCACGGAGGGUACAGUGAUUUCGGAGAUUGGUCCGAAUGCUCUGCUGGAUGUGACGGAGGAAUGCAAUCCAGAACUAGGGAAUGUAACAACCCUGCUCCUCAGCAUGGUGGUGAAGACUGUGAAGGAGAGGCUUCUGAAUCUAGAGAAUGUAACACAGACCCUUGCCCAGUUCACGGAGGAUACAGUGAUUUCGGAGACUGGUCUGAAUGCUCUGCUAAAUGUGAUGGAGGAAUGGAAACCAGAACUAGGGAAUGUAAUAACCCGGCUCCUCAGCAUGGUGGUGAAGACUGUGAAGGAGAGGCUUCUGAAUCUAGACAGUGUAACACUGACCCUUGCCCAGUUCACGGAGGGUACAGUGAUUUCGGAGACUGGUCUGAAUGCUCUGCUGAAUGUGAUGGAGGAAUGGAAUCCAGAACUAGGGAAUGUAAUAACCCUGCUCCUCAGCAUGGUGGUGAAGACUGUGAAGGAGAGGAAUCUGAAUCUAGAGAGUGUAACACAGACUCUUGCCCAGUUCACGGAGGAUACAGUGAUUUCGGAGACUGGUCUGAAUGCUCUGCUGAAUGUGACGGAGGAAUGCAAUCCAGGAAUAGGGAAUGUAAUAACCCUGCUCCUCAGCAUGGUGGUGAAGACUGUGAAGGAGAGGCUUCUGAAAGUCAAGAGUGCAACACUCAAGCAUGUGCAGUUUCAGCUGUUGACGGGAUGUACGGUGAGUUCGGAGAUUGGUCGGAGUGCGCGGAUGAAUGCGGAGGAACUCAGUCCAGGACCAGAGAAUGUGACAGUCCUGUUCCAGAGAACGGUGGGGCUGAAUGUGAGGGAGAGGCUGAGGAGACUCAAGAUUGUCCUGCUUGCAGACAGCUUACCGCUGUAUACGCUGAGUCAACAGAUCUCCUUAACAUUGCAUCCUCUGGUACUGCUUCACAGUCUAACUCAGCCUACAAAGGAGUUGCUGAGUUGGCUAUAGAUGGAAACACUAAUGGAGAUUUCGAACAGGGCUCAGUUACUCACACUCGAACACCGGGAGAGGAUACGUUCUGGAAACUGGAGUUUGAUACUCCUCGUUAUAUUGAUAAUGUGGUUAUUUGGGGUCGAUCUGACUGUUGUCAGAAAAGAAUAGACGGCGCCAAGUUUAGUAUCGAUAACGUGGGUAUGGGUAAACUCUACGCUUCUAGAAUGCCAGAAGAUAAAAAAAGUUAUGAAGUAAACAGCUUCGCAAAAGAAAUCUUGAUCAAGGGGUCCAAGGGCAAACUCUCCUUGGCCGAAGUUCAGGUAUUCGGACGAGAGUUUGAGUUUAAUAACAUUGCUGAGGAAGCUGAGGUAUCUGGAUCAGGAGAAUCUCAGCAAGAGUUUACCUGGGACAUGCCUCGUCAUAUUAACUCAAUAGUUCUGAACUACAACGAGGACGCUAAAUUUGAUGUUGAAGGAACCAGCGUGUUUGUUGGUGACACCGAGGUCGGACAAGUUGAGGCCGAGGACGAAAAGUUCACUUACAUUUUCGGAGGUAUGGAAGGGAAACAUUCUUCAGUUCGCAUCAUUGGAGACUUACUUAGCCUAGAUAGCGUGGAGAUUUAUGGAGAGUAAAUAAUCAUAUCCUGACGAAGAGGGAGUAUUUACUAGAAUUAAUGGACGGAUAUUUUGUUUACAACAGAAUCGGGUGAAUAUUAAAUACCUGUUAACUCUGGUAACCUGGUAACCUGGUAACCUGGUAACCUGGUAACCUGGUAACCUGGUAACCUGGUAACCUGGUAACCUGGUAACCUGGUAACCUGAUAACCUGGUAACUCUGGUAAUAUGGUAACCUAGUAACCUGGUAAUCUGUUCACUCUGAUAAUCUGGUGGAAGAGUUAAUACACUUAAACUUAAAAGUUAAACACUAGAACUUUAACUUUUAGACACUACUGAAUUUAAGCUCAGCCCUAAUCAAUAUCAAGGAAGAACUUUAGAAUUUAUUUGAAUCUCUGAUAGUGUGUUAGCUGCAUUAAUUGAAUAUCUUGACUAUCGAAUAUGACGUUAAAUACAAUUACUUAAUUCAUUUUUUAUGAAUCAUAGUCAUAAUUACAAAAAAUGUGUUUU